UCUGCGCUGCAGUGAGGCGUGGUCCGGCACAGCUAACAGGUGAGCCCCGUCAGUAUCCAUCCGCAGGAUCUACUUUGUCUUCUCCACAUCUGCACAGGCAGCUGCGACAACAUGCCCAAGUGUCCAAAGUGCCAGAAGGAGGUUUACUUCGCUGAGAAGGUGACGUCACUGGGGAAGGACUGGCACAGGCCAUGUCUGAAGUGUGAGAAGUGCAACAAGACUCUGUCGGCCGGCUCCCACGCUGAGCACGAAGGGAAGCCAUACUGUCACAACCCCUGCUAUGCUGCAAUGUUUGGACCUAAAGGAUUUGGACGCGGUGGAACCGAGAGCCACACCUACAAAUAGACAGGUUCAGGCCCAACCGUGCGAAACGUUCCCUGGAAAUAAAUGUUUCAAACUAGAUGAAUGAAGUUCUUAAUCAGAUAAAACAAUUAGUUGAAAUUUUGUUUUUAUUUUAUAAAUUUUGGACUGUUUUUUUUUUUAUUAUUAUUGUUAUUAUUUUUAACAUUCCCAUGUUAAUGUGUGGGAUCUUUUUCUUCUGAUCCAACCUAAAUAAACGAUUUGUUAAAUUUG